CUAUAACCAACGGUUCUUAACUUCUAGCUAGGAAGGAAGUAAAAGAGAAAAAAAUCUAAAAAAGGUUACCAGGUUAACAACGUUCUAGACAAAUGAAAAUUUAAAUCAAAUAUACUUCAAGAUGUGGGGGUCUUACUGAGAAAGGUAAAAAAGUGGAGAGGAGGGGAAGUCCAGUUAAGUUUAGCUGAUUGAAUGAGGGGGGAGUUUCGUUUUGGGUUGGUGUUAUUUUUGUUUAGUGUAGGGCAGUACAAGAACAGCAGCAGAUGCAGUGAUGAGAUCACAGAGAUCUUUAAUCUCUUCUCUGACCAAACACUGCCACCCUUACCACUGGCAUCGUCAAGGGCUCCUAUAGGCCAAGAAAGUGUUCCUCUUCCCUAUACUAGCUAGGCUUUAUAUUUACUGUUCUAACAAAAACUUUUCUUCCUCUUUCUCUUUUCUUUUCUUUUCUUUUUUUUGGUUUUUUUGGCCCUCUAGGAACAUAAUUGUAGCAGUAGUAGUAAUGAAGAACUUUGAAGUUGUUUUCCAAGAAAACCAUUGUUGAAUUUUCUUUUUUUUUUUUGCUUCUGGUUGCUGUUGGGUUGUCCCGUUCAAGUGGGUGUCAAGUCUUUGAGUGUUAACCCAUUUCAACAGUUUGGCUACUGAAUACUACAGUACUACAUAAUAGAGGCCCAAUUGCUAGAAGCUGAGUUUAGAGAGAGAGAAAGGGGUAGAGAAAGAAAGAGAAAGAAGGAUAAAGGAAAGAGAUGGGUUAGGCUGGGAAUAGUAGCUGGUUUUUAGCCUUCUGGGGAGGGUUCUUUUCAGGCUUGGUUAGGGGGAAGAGGGGGAGGGGUCCUUUUGGUGUGGUGUUUUGUGGUGAUGGAAUUAGAAACAUUGAAUGGCAGGGCCUUUUGGGGGAGGCAACAGUAUCAGGUUUCAGUGUGGUGGCAGAAGCACAGACAGCAAGAGGAAAUUAGGAAGCAAAGAGAGGGUAAAGAACCAACAACCCACUAACAAAAAAAAGUGUCCUCCAUUAAAAGCUGGAACAGGAAAAGCACAAGGACCUGAGUCUGGAUCCUCAAAGGAAUCAUCAUCAUCAUCAGCAACGACAACAACAACAGCAACAGCAUCAUACUCCUCAUCACCAUCAGCAUCAAAAUCCAAUUCUUAAUUCAAGUCAUAUAGGAGUAGCAGAAGGAGGAGGAGAAGAAGAAGAGCCACCCAAAAACCAACAAGAAAACUUCUUUUCCCACCAUCACCAAUAUCUGCAAGAAACCCAAUCCCAACAACAGCAAGGCCAACGUUUGUAUGCAAGUCUGGACAGACAAGUAAUUCAACAGCAGGAACAAGAGUCCCCACAACCACCCAAGAAACGCACUUAUUUCGCAUCCUCUUCUUCUUCAGCUUUUGGUUCAAAAUCAACCGAACAUGCAAGAACAAUGGGAGAUAGCCACCACCAAGCUGCAACAUCGUCAAGAUUGGGGAUAAGGCACACUGGAGGCGAGAUCGUUGAGGUGCAAGGAGGUCACAUUGUUCGGUCAACUGGAAGAAAAGACCGUCACAGUAAAGUUUGCACCGCCAAAGGUCCACGAGACCGUCGUGUCCGUCUCUCAGCUCACACCGCCAUCCAGUUCUACGACGUCCAGGACCGCCUCGGCUACGACCGCCCUAGCAAAGCUGUCGAUUGGCUUAUCAAAAAGGCCAAACCUGCCAUUGACGAGCUCGCUGAACUUCCUCCUUGGAACCCAGAAAUUUUGACUUCAACGACUUCAGUAACAAAACCAAAUAACCAAGACGACCAAAACACGACGACAACGGCAAACAAUGAUAAACCCUAUCAGUUUCAUAUCCACCACAGUGGAAACCCGGUGGAAAACCUUGCUGCUGGGUCUGGUACUCGCAGAAGAACGGCUGCAAUAAUGGGAAACGAAGUUCAAAGUCUUCAGCAACAAGAAAUGGGAGAUAACCCGAACAAUACUUCGGGUUUUAUUCCACCUUCUUUAGUUUCUGAUGAGAUUGCGGAUACAAUUAAGUCUUUUUUCCCAUUGGGAGCUUCAAGUGAGACGCCGUCUUCUUCUAUACAGUUUCAGAAUUAUCCACCAGAUUUGUUGUCCAGGACCAGCAGCCAUAGUCAAGAUCUGCGGCUUUCGCUUCAGUCAUUCACGGAGCCAAUUCUUUUGCACCACCACCAUCACCAAGCUGCUACAGCACAGGCACACCAUAGUGAACCUGUUUUAUUCUCUGGAACCAGCCCAUUAGGUGGUUUUGAUGGGUCGUCUGCGGGAUGGGAGCACCACCACCAACAUCCGGCAGAGAUUGGAAGGUUUCAGAGAUUGGUUGCUUGGAAUAGUAGUGGUGGUGCUGUUGAUACUGGUAAUGGCAGUGGCAGUGGUGCUGGUGGCGGAGUAGGAGGAUUUAUCUUUGGCACUCCACCACCACAGGCGCUGCCACCGUCUUUUGGCCAAAACAGCCAGUUGUUUUCUCAGAGGGGACCCCUUCAGUCCAGUAACACGCCCACGGUUCGUGCUUGGAUAGACCAGCCAAUUUCUGCAACCGACGAACACCAACACCACCACCACCAUCAUCAUCAUCACCAGCAAAUCCCACAAAAUAUCCAUCAUCAAGCUGCGUUAUCUGGCAUUGGAUUCACCACAUCAGGUGUAUUCUCUGGAUUUCGCAUUCCAGCACGAAUUCAGGGCGAAGAAGAGGAGCACGACAGCAUUGCCAAUAAGCUGUCCUCUGCUUCCUCUGAUUCUCACCAUUGAUCGAGUAAAUUGGAGAAACAGCCAAAGUCUUUGCCCUCUAGCAGUGGUCUUUCAGGACUAGUUGAUUGUUUACUGUGAAGUCGAUGAGGAGCUGACAUGAUGUAUUCUAGACCAGUUUGAGGGAAGAUUUUUGUCACCUUGAAUCAAUGGCCUUUGCCGUGGGAAGAAGUAAUCUGGGUGGAUUUCAGGUUAUUCAAUCCCCGGUUUGUUUAGUUUCUAUCAGUUCAUUGUGUUGUAGCUUUAAUUUUAUAUUUGAGUGGGCUCUUAGAGCUCAACUAUGGUUUCUCUUUCUGUUGUACUUUUCAUGCGAUUCAUGUUACUAGACUUUUUGUUUGUGCUGUUUGUGUGGGUUGCUACUGUUUCUUUCCCUAGAGUUACUAUUAAGAAGCAAACCUAGUUUGUUCCAA